AUGUUUCGACCGCAGGGCAAAGGCGGUGUCAACUACGGUGACAUCCCACCGAAUCAGACCUUGUACGUCAAUGGGCUGAACGAGAAAAUCAAGGUACAAGAGUUGAAAAACUGCCUCCUGGAACUCUUCUCCAGCUAUGGUGAGGUCAUUGACAUUGUUGCAGCUGCAAGCCUCAAGAAGAAGGGUCAGGCAUUUGUGGUCUUCAGAGACAUAUCUUGCGCCACGAACGCGCUUCGGUCGUUGAAUGGCUUCGUGUUUUUGGACAAGCCCAUGAAGAUCAACUACUGCAGGACGAAAUCAGAUGUCGUUGCUCACGAGGACGGUACUUGGAAGCCUCGUGCAAAGCUUGAAGCCCAGAAGGAGGAAGCAAAAAGGGCGAAGACAGCACCAGCGCUGGUCGCCCCGAAGAGCGUCGCGCCCAAGAUGGCAGCCCACCCGGCAGCAGCGGAAGGCGGAGGAGCAGACGGUCAACCUUCCAAUGUACUCUUCGUGGAAAACCUGCCAGCAGAGGUGAACGAGCUCAUGCUCACCAUGCUCUUUAGGCAGUAUCCUGGCUUUCAGGAGGCACGACUCAUCAAGGGUCGCAACGUGGCCUUCAUCGAGUACUCGGACGAACUGCAGGCCGGAAUCGCCAAGCAUGGUCUGCAGGGCUUUAUGGUGACGCCAGACAUGGCCUUGAAGAUUGCCUUUGCAAAGCAGUGA